AUGGAAUUUAAACGAGCAGAUACAUACACAGCAAAUAAAGAAAGUCCUUAUUAUAGACCAUUACUUCCAGAAUCAGCAUUUGAUCCAAUAUUUCAGAAAGCAAUUCAAUAUGCUGUUGGAUUUUUAUGUCAAAUGGACCCAUCUCAUACAGAAUUAUACAAAACAAUUCCAAACGAAUAUAUGAAAUAUCUUCAAGACCCAAAAUUUAAAGAUAAUUUUAGAGAAUUUUUUGCUGGUUGUUUUGAUCCAGAGUCUGAAUUAUUUAAAAUGGUAUUUAAAAAUAAUGUUGUUAAACUUGCUUCAUACAUGAGAUUUUUAAAAGAAAGAGAUAUAGAUAAAGAAGAACUUGCUAAAGUUCAAAUUAAAAAUCCAUUAUAUAUUGUUGCUAUGCCAAGAAGUGGAUCUACUUUUACCCAUUCUUUAUUUUCUGCUGAUCCAAGAGGUCAAAAAAUUGCUAUGUAUGAACACCUUAAUCCAGGAUCAAAAACAAUGACAGAAGAAGCAAGAAUUAAAAUUGCUGAAAUGAUUUGUGGUAGUAUUACAAAAGAUUCUCAAAGAAACUUUAAUACUGUUCAUGCUCUUAAUGAUGUAAGAAGACCAGAAGAAGAAAUGUUUUUCACAGAAAUGCUUGGAUUAACUCUUGUAUUUGCUCAAGCACUUCCAAGACUUGAACAAUACAGGGAAAGUGUAAUUAUGAGAGAUUAUGAUUGGGUUUAUGAUGAUAUUAUUGAUGAAAUGAAAAUGCAUGCAGUCCAAUAUCCAUUUAAAAAUGAUAAAGAAUUCUUUUGUAUGAAAUGUGCAACUCAUUUUAUGACUCCUGCUCCUUUCUUAACUCAAAUGUGUAAAGAUGAAUAUAAUCCAAGAAUUAUAUGGCUUCAUCGUGAACCUAUUGGAAAUAUAAAAUCAGCUAUUUUAUUAUAUUGGAAUGUUCGUGCACGUUAUGAACAUGACAUUGGACUUGACGAUAUAAAAUGGUUAAAUGAAACAGUUAUUCGAUUCAAUGAAAUUAUGUUAAAGAAUGCUUUUGCUGCAAGAGAACAAUGGAUUGCACAAAAUCCAGAACGUGCAAAAUAUAUUUAUGAUGUUGGAUUUUCAGAAAUUAUAGCUCAUCCAAAAGAAACAGUCCAAAAAAUUUAUGAAUAUUUUGGUAUGGAAUAUACUGAUGAAUUUGAUAGUGCAUUAAAAGAAGUUAUUGAAAAUGGACAUCCUCAGAAACAAUUUGGAAGAAGACAACAUGAAGAAGAUAUGUAUACAUUUAAUCCUGAAGAAGUAAGAGAAAGAUUUAAAUUCCAUUAUGAAAAGUUUAGUCAAUAUUUACCAGAUUUUUGGGGAAAGAAAGAUACUAAUUAA